AACGUAUGCACCAGACAGGAGGAGGGCCAGUUGUGCGCGACUCGCUCUUCUGUUCAGUUUACCUCCUGCCCUCGCGAAGAAGCAGUACAUUCACGCGACCUUUUUCUUUGCUGGACUAUGCUGUGUUCAACGACAAAAGCUCCAGCUUGACGCAUCAGCUCCAGAGACCCCACAGCAGUGAAAAGCCUCUCGUAUUUCCACGGAUCCAGCGUCGACAGCGCUGCAAUGCAUCACCGACGGAGGCGAAGAACGAGCUCCCCGCCGCCACCGGCUGAAUAAUUCACGCAAAGACUCCCCGAGCGCUAAAAAAGGGAGGAGGAGGAAGAAGAACAACUCUCUCCGGAGAAUGCCCGGGAGAGGAGUACCGCGAAAAAGACGCGCCGUCCGUAGCAAAGGAGAAGCCAGUACGAGAAAUUGAGGGGGGGGGGGGAGAAAAACAAAGGACCAGCAUGUUUACGUUUUACCAGAACUUCAAUGCCCGACGGGAGGAGAACGAGCUGCAGCGCGAGGCCGAGAUGACGGGCCACGAUCGCUUCUGCCAGCAGAGGCCCGGGGCGGCGACCAAGCGCAAACGCAGGGCCCAGUCGAGCCGCAGGACCCAGAGCGCCAUCGAGAUCGAGUGCGCCGGCAACAGCGAGAGCUUCGCCAACGUGAGGAGCGUCCUCCUCAGGAACGAGAAGAGCGCGAGCGUCGAGGAGGACGAGCCACCGGCCAGCUCGCCGCCCGCCGACGAGGAGAAGGGCUACUUCGACACCAUCGCCAAGAUACUCUUCAACCGGGUCUACGCGGUCAAGACUUGCAAGGAGCAGAACGAGCCAAGGUGACGACGACGACCUUCUCCCCCCCGAUCCUUGCUUCUUUUU